AUGGUGUCGCCGGAACGCGCACGACCUUGCGGUGGUCUUUGUUCGAUUUAUUUGCAGGCCGCCGUUCUGCCCGCCAGUCGUAGCCUGCAUGGCCAGUCAGGAAGGUCGCAGGCUCGCCCUGCCUGCUUUGAAACUGAUUUUGAAAUCUCUUGCGUCAUCAAAGGGUUCUUAUUUACAAAGACUGGGAGACAAGUUUUGAGGCGGGGAGGGGGAAGUGUGUGCGAUUUGUUACAAGAAAACGAGGGGACCACACUGAGUGAAGUUGCUGCUUUGGUCUUGGUGGCAGUUCUUUGGGGAGGAACCAAUCCAUUUUUGAAGAGAGGAACUGAGGGUCUGGAGCGAGUGAAGAGAGCGAGCAGAACUCUACAGCUGCUGGCAGAAAUUAAAUUCCUUUGCCUCAAUUACAAGUACGUGGUGCCAUUUGUGCUCAACCAGUGCGGCUCUUUUGUCUACUAUCUUACUUUAGCAUCUACAGACCUGACCUUGGCUGUACCUCUUUGUAACUCUCUGGCUCUGAUGUUCACAUUAGCAACAGGGAAGGUUCUUGGAGAAGACAUUGGCGGUGCAAGGGCAGCACUGGGAAUGCUACUGACAGCUUUGGGAGUUGCACUUUGCAUAGCUGGGUCUGUACAUGAGAAGUCAUGAGAACCGUAUUGGAAGAAGGACAGAAUUUGUGGAAGGCAACAGUUCUCCAUGCUAAUGCUGGCUCUGCUUGUAGGACAACACACACAGCAUUUUUGGAGGCACCCAGUGGACUCCGCACAAGCUUAGAGCUGUCAAGGCCUGAAGGGAAAGCAUUGUCUUCCUUAACCUCUAGCCCCACUGGUUGGCGGCGGGCCCUGGGUGGAAUGACUUGGCAUUGGGAUGCUCCUGCCAGCCUGUCCACAGCAGAACCCUUGAGAGUUCUGG